AUGAAUAGAUGGGUAGAAAAGUGGCUAAAGGUAUAUCUAAAAUGUUAUAUCAAUUUGAUUCUAUUUUAUAGAAAUGUAUAUCCUCCCCAGUCCUUCAAUUUUACCACUUACCAGUCAUUCAACUUGCCGCAGUAUGUCCCAAUUAAUAGACACCCUGCUUUAAUCGAUUAUAUAGAAGAGCUUAUUAUAGAUGUUCUCUCGAAGCUGACGCACAUCUACAGAUUUUCCAUUUGUAUUAUUAACAAGCAGAACGAUUUGUGCAUUGAAAAGUAUGUCUUGGAUUUUGGGGAACUGCAACAUGUGGAUAAAGAUGAUCAAGGCACUACCGAGACUGAAGUGUUUGAUGAAUUUCGAUCCUCCCUAAACAGCUUGAUUUUUCAUUUGGAAAAGUUGCCUAAAAUUAACGAUGACUCAGUAACAUUUGAAAUAGCUAUUAACGCGGUCGAACUAGAACUGGGACAUAAGUUAGACAGAACAAGGAAGAUCGAUAAUUUGGAAGAGAAAUUAGAGGUUGAGAGAGAUUCAAACUGGGUCAAAUGUCAAGAGGAUGCAAAUCUACCAGAGGAAAAUGCUUUUCAAUCCCCUAAAAUAAAAGUAUCCUCUUUGGUCGGUUGUGAUGCGGGACCCUUAGUUAUACAUCAGUUCAGUGAAAAGUUAAUCAGUGGCGGCAAUGACGAAAUCCUGAAUGGAGUAUAUUCACAGUACGAAGAAGGGGAGAGUAUUUUUGGAUCUUUGUCGUAA